AAACCCGCAAUAUAUAUAGAGAGUUUUCCAUAUAAUCCAAGAUUCUAAUUAAAAAAGGUUCAAACUUUUCCUUUUUUGUGUCAACUCUCUUUCCUCUAUUCUCAAAACUCUUCAUUAUUUGUUUCCACAACACAGACCCUUUGCUACCCAAAAUCUUGUUUCUGCUUUAAGGGAAUUGCUGCUGAAAGUUUGAAGAUUUAUGUGAUGAUUUGAAAAAACAUCAUGGGUUCAGUUUGUUGUUGUUUCACUGUUUCUGAUGUUGGAGAUAAUGCUGCUGUCUCAAAUGAUCAAAACCAUAGCAGCUGCCAGUGUUUUAGUUGCUGCUUUCAGAACAUACUUAAUACGUGUGGAGCCGUAUUUGGUCGAGCACAAGAAACUGCUGUGACUUCAGCUAAUCAAGGCCCAUCAUCUUCGACUGUUGUAGUUACCAACAAUAGUUCAUGUAAUACAAUCAGUUCUCAGGGUAGAGUUUUACCAAAUAAUGUUGCUCCAAGACAGCCACAAGUGCAACAACAAGUUGCAUUAGGACGACAAGACAAAGGAACAAGUCAUUCACGAGUUGAGCCUGAACCAGUCGGAAAUGCUGAUGUUGAAAUAACACAAAGACUUCUACAAGCAGACAAGCUGAUUAAAUCAGACUGUGAAGGAGGAUGUAAAGAAGGUUGUCCCGAGUCCCCUGAGAAGGAAAAUUUAUCAAAGUUGGAGACUGGAUUCCAGUAUGCAGUUUCCUCAUCGGAAGAUGAGGAUGUAUGUCCGACAUGCCUUGAAGAGUAUACACCAGAGAACCCCAAGAUAUUGACAAAAUGUUCACAUCAUUAUCACCUCAGUUGUAUUUAUGAAUGGCAGGAGAGAAGUGAAAAAUGUCCUGUUUGUGGAAAGUUGAUGCAAUUCGAGGAGACUAAUUAGUGUACGGCGCUGAAGAGGAGCUAAACGAGAAUGAAAACCAGACGUAUAUGUGAAGAUUUCCUGCAACUUAGUAAGAUGUACAUAAUUCUUGACUACACUGGUUCCCAUCAUCUUAGAUUUACUCUGGAGUUUUUCCUUUCUUUGGUGUUUUUAACUUUUGAUUAUUUGGAACAUGCCCUGUUAUACAACGGAUUGAAGAGUAACGCGAUAUACAGUCAAGAGAACACUUGUUUCCCCUUAAAAUCUGUUUGGUAUUUAUACUUUUGGCGCCUCCCCUUUUUGAUUACUGCUACAUGUAAAGCAAGUGAGACCAACUACUUGUGCUAAUGAAAUUUAGAUGAUUGAUUUUAUCA